AAUAUAUAUUUUUUUUAAUUUUGAGGAAGAAAUUUAAACCGAUUUAAUGAUGAGAAAAACAUCAACGGAAGAAGUAUGCAUCAUCUUCAAAAAUUGAAUGGAGAAUUUUGAUAGAAACCAUUCGGGCAUAUUUCUCCCUAUAUUUUCACAUCCACCGAACAAAUAUCAUCCCACUUCGUGCUGGGAAGCUCUCCUCCAAUACUAAAACUCUCAAGCACUUUGACCGUUUCUGCUGCUCAUAACAUUUUCAGUUCACAUCAGUCCGUGCUCCGAGACGGAGGCUCCAGAAUAGAAACGCGCUCCCGGGAGGAUUUUUCGCUUAUUAACACCAUCAGAAAAAUUCAACAGAUUCACAAUGAAUGUCGGAUUUGUCCCUUCCUAGUUAUAGCUUUUAGGAUAUUGUCUCGUGUAAAAUCCGUGUCGCGAAAUUUCAAAAGGAACCGUGAAUAUCGCCUUUUUUUUGUAUUUUGCCAGAGAAGUGUUCAUUCAAUCGGAAUCUUUUUUAUCACACCACAUAGAAUUGUACUUGAACCCCUUUUUGCCCUGUCGUAGACAAAAAAGUGCACAUAGACAAACACUGAAAGAAAAAUUAUCAAUUGAAAGAGUGUGAUCGAAACUGCCAAAAAGAUUUUUUUUCCAAGGAGAAUAAUCCUUCUAGCCCUUGAGAAUCAACGUCGAGAGACGAGGAAAAAGCCACCAAGAAAAAAAUCAGUGAUGAGAUGUGAAAAGUUGGCAAAAACAGUGAUAUAAUCGCGAGAAAGAGAAAACAACCCACAAUUCUUUGAAAUUAAAUGCAACAAUCUCAGUGUCGUGGCAUGUGGAGGCAAUUUAGUGCAAAAAUGUGCCCCAUGGGUGCAUCCCAAUGGCAUUUUUCAGUGAUCUUUGUGCUCCUCCUGGCCACUUGUGGCCACACAUUCUCCAUCAACAAGUCCAAAGGCAGCAAUGAACCCCCAACAGCUCCCACCCAAACCGAAAAAUCCACAGAAAAAUUCACAAUUGAACAAUUGCUCUCCAUGAAAUUUCCCUCCAAAAUUUCCGACGACAUCGACAUGGAUCCUUGCAAAUCAGUGGGCAACUUGGGAGACAUUGCGCUACCCAACAUCAACUACGAGAGUGAAUGGGAAGCACAGAGGCUCAACAAGUCCUUCCAGGAAGAACUCGAGAAGCUCAAGCAGGAAGUCUACCAUGAGGGUUUGCAGGUGGAAGAGGAAGGUCUUACGGAUAUCAUCAGGAAAAAGACUAAGCAACCCUUAGAGAUAGUCACCGAAUCACCAGCCACUGAUCCCAAAACCAAUGACGUCUUAGACCAUCACAUUCAAACAGUUAAUGGACCAAAAAUAAAGGAAAAUCCCUUUGUUGCCCCCAAUCUGGACAAUCGUCCCGAAAACCAGGCUGAAAUCAAUGCUACCAUUGUCCACUCCAACACCAACCACUCAAACCCCCUGGACAUCUUCGGAACCCCCAGCCAGACAGAGGAGGAGGUGGUAAAGAAGAUCGACGGUAAUGUGACUCGGCACACAGAAUACGAUAAAAUACAGUCCAACAGCAAGGACAUUGUCAAUCACUCGGGGGAGCACAUUCAGCAAAGGAGGGUGACUGUUUCGCCAACCAAUUCACCCGCCGUGAGGUCCACCCUCGCCAAUCGUUUCAGCAAUGCUGGCGGUAAUGGUGGUCAUUUGGACGAUAUUGAGACAUUAACUGCAAACGGGGCAAUUCGCAGGAGACACAGAAAACGCCGCCAGGGAAGGAAAUUUCUUAGUGUCAUUGACGAUUAUGAGGCGAGAUUUACGAGACUGAAGAAGGAGUUGAAUCGCCCUGUGAUAACAGCUGAAGAUUUCAGAAGAAAUCACCACAAGGAGGAGGAUGAUUUGGAGCAGAUUGGUGUCAUGACCACAACGACACCCCUACCACCGGAAAAGAGCGACGAUGGGCUCAAUCUCUACCAACAUCAUCGAAUUACACGCGCAGCUACGGCCAAAAAGGAACGAAUCUGGGACUAUGGGGUCAUCCCCUAUGAAAUUGAUGGGAAUUUCAGUGGGGCCCACAAAGCCCUCUUCAAACAAGCCAUGAGACACUGGGAGAAUUUCACUUGCAUCAAAUUUGUUGAGAGAUCUUCCGAGCAUCCCAACUUCAUUGUAUUCACUGAACGACCCUGUGGUUGCUGUUCUUUCGUGGGGAGACGCGGAAAUGGUGCUCAAGCCAUCUCAAUUGGCAAAAAUUGUGACAAAUUCGGAAUAGUAGUUCACGAAUUGGGGCACGUUGUUGGCUUCUGGCAUGAACACACGCGACCCGAUCGCGAGAAUCAUGUUGUGAUUGAGAAGAGCAACAUCAUGACUGGGCAGGAGUACAAUUUCAAUAAACUGACUGAGGAGGACGUGAAUUCGCUGGGACUGCCAUAUGACUAUGACUCCAUCAUGCAUUAUGCCCGAAAUACAUUCUCAAAAACCAAUUACUUGGACACAAUUCUUCCGAUUGAGGAGAAGGGCCGAAAGAUGCCGGAAAUUGGACAACGUAUUCGUCUAUCGGAGGGUGACAUAGCUCAGGCCAAUUUACUCUAUAAAUGUGCAAAGUGUGGUCGGACAUUUCAAGAGAAUGCGGGUGCAUUUACAUCACCCAGUUACUACAGCAAAAUUCCACCCACGGAGCCAGAAAGAUGUGAAUGGCGUAUCACUGCCACACAUGGUGAAAAAAUUGUACUCAACAUCACUGAUUUGGACAUCUUCAAGUCCAACAACUGCCGAACAGAUUAUCUUGAGAUUCGAGAUGGUUAUUGGCACAAAUCACCGAUCUUGGGACGCUUCUGUGGAUCGGGCAAGGUUAAUGAACUCUUCAAGUCCAAUGGUAGCCGAAUGCUGCUGACUUACAUGACGACACAUCGUCAGGCACGAUAUAAGGGCUUUGCAGCACACUAUGAAGCUGUAUGUGGAGGUGAACUGAACCUCCAAUCGAGUGGACAUCUGGAAUCACCCAAUUAUCCCCUUGACUACUUAUCGAAUAAGGAAUGCAUCUGGAAGAUUACAGUUCCCGAAGACUAUCAAGUAGCUCUCAAGUUUCAAUCUUUCGAAGUUGAAAAUCACGAUACCUGCAUGUAUGACUUUGUGGAAAUUCGUGAUGGCGAUAGUGCUGAUUCUAAACUUAUUGGGGUCUUCUGUGGAUACAAAGUACCCCCAGAUAUCAGGGCAAGUGGAAACAAACUGUUCGUCAAGUUCGUUUCUGAUGGUUCCGUCCAGAAAGCGGGAUUUUCCGCUACGUAUAUGAAAGAAAUCGACGAAUGCGAAGUUUUGGAACAUGGAUGCCAGCAUGAGUGCAUAAACACUUUGGGAGGAUACGAAUGCAGUUGCCAUAUUGGAUAUGAGCUACGUAGCGAUCGGAAAAUGUGUGAAAAUGCGUGCGGAGGAAUCAUAGAUUCUCCCAACGGGACAAUAACAUCGCCAUCCUUCCCAGACGUCUACCCCCUAUCGAAAGAUUGCGUUUGGGAGAUUAUAGCACCGCCUCAAUACAGAAUAACCCUCAAUUUCACUCAUUUUGACCUCGAAGGCAACAAUUUCUUCCAGAUGGAAUGCGAAUAUGACUCCCUAAUAGUCUACUCAAAGAUGUCUGAAGACAAUCUCAAACGACACGGAACUUAUUGUGGUGGACGUCUACCACCUAUGAUCACCUCAGAGACCAAUGCAAUAAGGAUAGAAUUUUCUUCAGAUAACACAGUUCAGAAGGGCGGAUUUGCUGCAGUUUUCUUCACUGAUAUCGACGAAUGUGAAGUCAACAAUGGAGGAUGCCAGCAUGAAUGCAAAAACACCAUAGGAUCCUACAUCUGUUCCUGCCACAACGGUUUCACACUUCAUGACAACGGACACGACUGCAAGGAGGGAGGAUGUAAACACGAGAUUACCUCACCAAGUGGCCAAAUUUUCAGUCCAAACUACCCAGAUUACUAUCCGGCAAAGAAAGAUUGUGUUUGGCACUUUACAACAACUCCAGGCCAUCGAAUUCGCCUAAUCUUCAGUAACUUCGAAGUGGAACCACAUCAAGAGUGCGCUUACGAUCACAUUGCCAUCUAUGACGGAGAUAAUCCAGAUUCUAGUACUUUAGGACGCUUCUGUGGUUCCAAAACUCCCCAUCCCAUUUCUUCCACAUCCAAUGAACUCCUGCUACUCUUCAAGUCGGACUCCAGUGUUCAACGCAAGGGAUUCGUAGCGAGGCACUCUACGGCCUGCGGAGGUCAUCUUCAAGCCACUAACAAAGUCAAACACUUCUACAGUCAUUCUAGAUUUGGAGACAACGAUUACGACAACAGGGCCGAUUGUGACUGGACUAUCGAAGCAGAACCCGGAAAAAAUGUUCAACUAACCUUCCUAACAUUCGAACUAGAGAACGAAGAAGCAUGCUCUUACGAUUUUGUUGAAGUCUACGGAGGAAUGGACGACACAAGUGGACCUCUCUAUGGAACCUAUUGUGGAAAUUUGAAUCCUCCGGACAUUAUAUCAAUGAAUGAAGCUCUCUUGGUGCGCUUCCGGACGGAUGACAACAUUGUGUUCAAGGGAUUCUCUGCCUCGUACGUGGCAGUGAUGCCCUACGACGACAACGAGGAAGAAAUGAGCUCAGACAGCUCAGAGAUGAUGACCCCAUUCCCCGGAUCCCUCAAGAGCAUCUACAAAACCACGCUGCUGGAGAGCGAUGGCGACAAUGAAGACGAAGAUGAAGACUUAAGCAUCACCACAAUCAAAUACAACAUCUCAUCAUCAACUCUCAAUCGUUUCUCUGCAUCGCAGGAGCGAAAUCGCGUCCCCAAUGCCAUAUCGGCGUCCUCAGAGACGCUUGAGUAAAAUUUCACCAUUUUAGGCCCUUUCAGCCACUUACGUCGUGUUUAAAUUAAAUUAACAAAAAAUAAAAGUUUAAAAAAAAACAUAAAAUAAAAUGAUAGACGUUCAUUUUGGAUAGUUUAAUGGGAAAAUUUGCACAAUUUUUUCGUGCAACUAUUUAAGUGACUAAAAAUGCGUAAUCAUUACCAGAAAUCAAUUAACUUUAAAAAAAACCAUCUUAACUUAAAUGUGACUUGAUCUUUGUAGUCUGGACAAUAAAUCCGUGAGAGAGAUAUCAAAA